AUGGCUCCCAACAUCAGCUUUUUGCUUUUGGUGGUACUGCUUUCUGUUGGUUGUACAGUCAUCACUUCUUUGGAUCAGAUGUGCACUGAGAAAGAAUCGAACAAAGCAUAUAACUGUGACUAUUUAGGUCUUAGAGAAAUUCCAGACACUCUACCAAACACAACAGAAGUUUUGGAGUUCAGCUUUAAUUUCUUGCCUACAAUUCAAAAUACAACCUUCAGCAGACUCAUUAAUCUUAUCUUUUUGGAUUUAACCAGGUGCCAGAUUAACUGGUUACAUGAAGAUAUUUUUCAAAGCCAUGAUCAACUAAGCACAAUUAUAUUGACUGGAAAUCCCCUGAUAUUCAUGGCAGAAACAUCACUUAAUGGGCCCAAAUCUCUGAAGCAUCUCUUCUUAAUCCAAACAGGAAUAUCUAAUCUUGAAUUUAUCCCAGUUCACAAUCUGGAAAACUUGGAAAGCUUGCAUCUUGGAAGUAAUCAUAUUACCUCCAUUAAGCUCCCAGCAAACUUCCCAACAAAGAAUCUGAAAGUCCUGGAUUUUCAAAAUAAUGCUAUACACUACCUCACUAGAAAAGACGUGGAAUCUCUGAAGCAAGCCACCAACCUAAGCCUUAAUCUCAAUGGCAAUGACAUUAAAAGUAUUGAGCCUGGGACUUUCCAUUCAAAAAUCUUCCAGAAUUUGAACUUUGGAGGGACUUUUGAUGUGUCUAUCAUUUUAAAAGGUCUGCAGAAUGCUACUGUUCAAUCUCUUUGGCUUGGGACAUUUGAGGACACUGAGGACCAAGACCUUAGUUCAGCCAUGCUUCAAGGACUUUGUGAAAUGUCUGUUAAGAGCAUCAACCUUCAGAAGCACCAUUUCUCUGACUUCUCGCCUGCCACCUUUCAGUGCUUCAACCAACUCCAGGAAUUGGAUCUGACGGCAACUCAUUUGGAUGGGUUACCCUCUGGAAUUGAGGGUUUGAACUCACUCAAGAAAUUAAUUCUCAAUGUAAAUAAUUUUGAUCAAUUGUGUCAAAUCAAUGCUGCCAAUUUUCCCUCACUUACACACCUCUACAUGAAAGGCAACACAAAAAAACUUGACCUUGGUUCUGGCUGUUUAGAAAGGCUACAAAAUCUUCUGAAGCUUGAUUUAAGCCACAGUGACAUUGAGGCUUCCGACUGCUGCAAUCUACAACUCAAAAGCCUGCUUCAAUUGCAAUACCUAAAUCUAAGCUACAAUGAGCCUCUUGGACUCCAGAGCCAGGCAUUUAAAGAAAGUCCUCAGCUUAAACUCCUGGAUUUGGCAUUUACCCACUUGCAAGUUAAUGUUCCACAAAGUCCUUUCCAAAACCUCCAUCACCUGCAGGUUCUCAAUCUCUCUUACUGCCUCCUUGAUACCAGCAAUCAGCGUCUUCUAGCAGGCCUGCCGGAACUCAGGCAUCUGAAUUUACAGGGAAAUCACUUUCAAGAUGGUAGCAUCCCAAAGACCAACCUACUUCAGACAGUGUACAGUCUGGAGAUUCUAAUUUUAGCCUUCUGUGACCUCCUCUCCAUAGACCAGGGAGCAUUUCACGGCCUUGAAAAAAUGCAUCAUGUAGACUUAAGCCACAACAAUUUGACAGGCAAUAGCAUUGGUGCUCUUAGCCAUCUUAAGGGGAUCUAUCUCAAUUUGGCGGCCAAUAGCAUUAACAUCAUUCCACUCCGUCUCCUCCCCAUCUUGUCCCAGCAGAGUACCAUUAAUUUAAGUCACAAUCCCCUGGACUGCACUUGCACUAACAUUCAUUUCAUAACAUGGUUCAAAGACAACCUGAAAAAACUUGAGGGUUUAGAGGAGACCAUGUGUGCAAACCCCCCACAUUUAAGGGGAGUUAAGCUGUCUGAUGUCAAGCUGUCCUGUGGGAUGACAGCUGUGGGCAUUUUCUUUCUCACAGUAUUUUUAUUCUUGUUCACCAUUCUGCUUAUUUUUUCAUUUAAGUUCCUUCUUAGAUGGAAAUACCAACACAUUUAG